AUGGCACCCACCACCACCACAAAGACCGUGGAGGAGCCUCCCAAGGAGACGAAGCCGAUCCCGUCCACGCUGGCCGAGAUGAGCGAGAGCAUCGACCAGACCACAUUCGAGCAGAUUCUCGAGAUGGACGAUGAGGGUGACAAUGAGUUCAGCAAGGGCAUCGUGAUCGGGUUCUUCGACCAGGCCGAGACCACAUUCGAGAAGAUGGAGAAGUGCCUGAAGGAGGAAGACCUGGCCGAACUGUCGUCCUUGGGUCACUACCUGAAAGGUUCAUCCGCCACGCUGGGCCUCACCAAGGUCAAGGAUGCCUGCGAGAAGAUCCAGCACUUCGGCGCCGGGAAGGACGAGACCGGUUCGACAGACGAGCCGGACAAGAAGACGUCGCUUUCGCGCAUCGAGAAGACCCUGAAGCAGGUCAAAGAGGAUUACAAAGAGGUCGAGGCGUUCCUGCGCAAGUACUAUGGCGAGCCCAAGACCUCCUCUUGA